AUGCGGAAUGCAUCCAGCAGAAUCAAGCUUCGAUAUCGAGUUGAAAUGGAAAUGAUAAGCCACCCGUUUUCAAAUGUUGAUGGAAAUCUCCAACGUCUCCCACCUGAGACUUUUUUGAUAGGGUUCGUGUCUAGGGGUGCAUAUGCUCAGUGGCGUCCUGGUGGGAGAUCCGAACAAGAGCGUUGGGGACGACGCAGCCUCGAAACUUCCAUUUUCUUUUUGCUUAUUGAGGCGAGCGAACUUUGGCUGUUCGCAUCGCUUCGUGUAUACUACGCUUAACGCCUCUUACUUCAAAUUUUUAGUAUUUUCCUCCAUUCGGGAGGGUAGAGUAUGUACGGUAGGGUACCACUACUCAUAUUUGCUUGAGCUAUGCAAUGUAAAUGCAAGAAAGGAUAAUAUUUUCUGUGGGGA